AUCAAGUCACUACAAUGUCGUUCGUCCUACGUACGAGGGCUCUAAGGGCGAGACAUUUAGCAGUGAAACCCCUACGUUCGGGUGUGACUCAGGUCAGAGGAUUACAGACCGAUGCGGAUAAAUCUAGUCCCGCUGAGAGCUUGCCAGAGUCUGGAUCGGCCACUUUCAAAGUCAACCUACCCGGCGACUCUUUCCAUUCUUACCGAUGCGACGUCCCCGACCCCGAAAUCGAAAUUUCUAAAGAUGGUUUGGUUGACAUGUACCACAAAAUGGUCCAAAUGCGUCGAAUGGAACAGGCCGCUGAUGCUCUAUACAAGCAAAAGCUCAUCAGGGGUUUCUGCCAUUUGGCCAUUGGUCAGGAAGCCAUCAGUGUCGGUAUGGAGAAGGCCAUGACUCCGGAUGAUAGGGUCAUCACGGCUUAUAGGUGUCAUACUUUUGCUGUGAUGAGGGGAGGGACUAUCAAGGGUGUUUUGGCCGAGUUGAUGGGCCGCCAAGCUGGUAUGUCUCACGGUAAAGGUGGCUCUAUGCACAUUUUUACUCCUUCCUUCUUUGGUGGUAACGGUAUCGUCGGUGCUCAGGUGCCCGUCGGAACUGGUAUCGCCUUCGCCCAAAAGUAUCUCAACAAACCAUCCGUGACGUUCGCACUUUACGGUGACGGUGCCUCCAACCAGGGGCAGGUGUUUGAAUCCUACAACAUGGCAAAGCUGUGGAACCUUCCCGUCGUCUUUUCAUGUGAAAAUAACAAAUAUGGUAUGGGAACGUCAGCCGAGCGAGCUGCGAUGAACACGUCAUUCUUCACUCGUGGUGAUCAAAUUCCCGGUUUGCAGGUCAAUGGUAUGGACAUCCUUGCUGUUCUCCGAGCUGCACAGUGGGCCAAGGAAUGGACUGUUUCCGGCAAAGGACCUUUAGUCAUGGAAUUCGUGACUUACCGAUACGGAGGUCACUCCAUGUCGGACCCCGGUACCACUUAUCGUACUCGUGAAGAGAUUCAGCAAGUGCGUUCGAAGAGCGACGCCAUUGCCGGUCUCAGGAGAUACAUUCUCGAGUGGGGUGUGACGGAUGAGGACAGCUUGAAGGCCAUCGACAAAUCCGCCAAGGAGGAAGUUGACCAUGCGGUGGAAGAGGCCAAGCAAUCCCCUCACCCUGACCUCAAAGACUUCUGGACCGAUAUCUACUACAAAGGCACCGAGCCGCCUUUCAUGCGAGGAAGGGAGAAAGAGGAGGUGCAUCACUAUCGAUGAUCUCUUCUCGGACGUAUCUCAUGCAAGGGUGUUUUUUGGCAUGCAUAGAUUGGUGGGCGU